GCAUUACGCAGAAAUGCUUACCUGUGCUUAACUGUAAUCUCGACGAAUGAAAAGAACUGGCCAAGAAAUCAAUUUAAAAAAAAACUAUAAGUCCUUAAUAACUGGCCAUUUGUAAUGUCAUUGCUUAAAAUAAAUCUGUUACGUAAUUGAAAAUUAAAAAUAACGCGCGCAUACGAUUUCGUUUUACAAAAAAAAAAAAAUCAAUAUAGUUAUGGAUGUUUUCAUGAUUUUUGCGUGUUUAUUUUUUUCUGUAAACGCGCAAUCUUUGGAUGUAAAUGAAACAAAAAUUGAAGACUCUAGCAGUGUUGUUUUAUCAAGAAGAAAAAGAUUUAUUGUGUUUCCCGAAGGAAGUUCGUUGCAGCUUGUAUUCUGCACUACGUAUCCUCUAGUAUUAUCUAUAGGGGAUAUAUUCCUAUGGGGUAACACAGCUGCUCUGGCUUUUGAGUUGCCACAAGACCCCUACUCACCCUUUAUGCAUCACGCUGAUCCUUUACAUCGCAGGAUGGAUUCAAAGGCCAUAUAUUAUACAGACGAAGACGGAAAAGUGCUAUACAAAAGACCAUACAAAAGAAAAUUCAUGGUAAACCCAGCAUUUGCAAAACGAAGCGUCGACGCGACAGAGGACCAAUUCGAAACAGAAAUUCGAGGGAAAUUUGAAAUAGACAGAAAGCAGAUGCACGCUUCGAAAAACAAACGCAAGUUUUUGAAAAGCGAACACAUGGAGGGGCGCAGCGUGGAAUUUCACAGGAGCAGUCGCGGCGUUUUCUACCAGAGAACAGAGACAAUGCUGCGAGGACUAGGCUUAAAUGGGCGGGAAUGCCUUCUAAGAACUCUGUGCCUGGUCGGACAAAACCUGGACGCUCCUCAGGGGUCCUUAUUACAGGAGAUAUUGAGAGCUGUUUUCACGCUCCCAAAAUCUAAAAUCAAAGAUGAAAACUUCACGGACUACGACAAAGCUUUGUCAGCCUCGCAGCCUUGCGACGUGCUGUAUCCGGACUGCGAUAUACACUCGUCAGAACCAGGGUUUACUCAAAUUGUUGUCUUAUUUAAUUUUUUUACAAUGAAAUUCAAUCAAAAUAUGAUUGUAAUAUUCGUUUUUCAAACAUUAUUAUUUGGAAUUUAUUGUGCAAACGAUACUUGCACAAUAGGAUGUGAAGAAACUGAGACGUCAACAGUGCUUUCGAGAAGAAAGAGGUACUUAAUAUUUCCAGAUGGCAGCUCUUUACAGUUAGUAUUUUGCGUGCAGACUGCGGCCCUUAUCCCGAUCGGCGACAUUUUCUUAUAUGGCAACACGGCAGCGCUUGCGUGGAAUCUGCCCACAGAUCCUAAGAUGUUACAUCUGUUCGGGAAGGAAGCCAUGAGGAGGGGGGAUAUAGCUAACACCAUCAACUAUGUGGACGAGAGAGGGACGGUUAUAGGAAGAGUACCUUACAAAAGAAAACCAUUCAUAAACCCAGCAUUCGCGAAGCGAAGCGUGGACGAGCCAAUUACAUACAAAGGAAAACUGAAAAACAAAAUAGACAGAACACGGAUGCACGAAAAAAAUGUGAACAGGGAUUAUUUGAAAAAAGAACACAUGGAACCGAGCAGUGUCGAGUUCCAUAGGCGCAGUCGAGUGGGGCUGUUCGAGAAAUUAGAAAAGCUAUUUACGACACUGGGGCAAGAUGGCCGCCAAUGCGUUCUCUACAAGCUCUGCGAAGCGACGCAGACCGCCUCUGAACAAGGCACAUUCCUACAGGAAUUCCUGAGGGUCGUCUUUACUUUACCCAAAGGCAAAGAAUUUGAAAUAGAAGAAUAUAAAGAAUAUGAUAAGGCGCAUAAACCGACCGAUGAUUGCGCAGUCGCAUACCCUGGAUGUUCUGAAUUUGAACUCAUUCUUUGACACAAAAUGACACUGGCCGCUAAAAUUGGUAUAAUUUGCAUACAUUUGCAGAACAUAUCUAGGAAAAGUAUUGUUCAAAAGCAGCGACGC